GUCCACUCCGCAAGAUGACCGACGCUGCGCCCGCGCCCAAGAGCUUCUUCACGUCCCUCGUCGCUGGCGGUAUCGCUGGCACGUCCGUGGACGUGGCGCUCUUCCCGCUAGACACGAUCAAGACGCGACUCCAAAGCUCGCAGGGCUUCAUCAAGGCCGGCGGCUUCAAGGGCGUCUACAAGGGCCUCUCGGCUGCGGCAGCCGGCUCGGCGCCUGGCGCCGCUCUCUUUUUCAGCACGUACGAGACGGCGAAGGAGGCUCUCCAGACGCACCUCCCGCAUAUGGCCAACUCGCCCUUCAUCCACAUGGGCGCGGCUGCUUGCGGCGAGACGGCGGCCUGCCUCGUCCGCGUGCCGACGGAGAUCGUCAAGCAAAACAUGCAGACUGGUGCUCUCAACGGCUUUCAGCACUCGAUCAAGACGCUCCAUGCUGCCAACGGCAUUGCGGGCUUCUACCGCGGCUACUGGAGCAUGCUUGCGCGCGAGAUUCCGUUUUCGUUCAUCCAGUUCCCUCUCUGGGAAGGCCUCAAAGCGACGUGGAGCGCCAAGCAGGGCGAACAAGUGAGCGCGCUUCAGGGUGCACUUUGCGGGUCCAUCUCGGGUGGCAUCGCUGCGUCCAUCACGACGCCGCUCGAUGUCGUCAAGACGCGCCUCAUGCUCGGCAAGGACGCGAACGGCGUCGAAUACCGUGGCAUGAAGGACACGUUCAUGCGCGUGUACACGGAGGAAGGCUGGCAGCGUCUCUUCUCGGGCGUCAAGCCCCGUACGAUGUGGAUCAGCAUCGGUGGCUUUGUCUUCUUUGGCGCCUACGAGACGGCGUCGGCCUCUCUCUCCAAGAACUAAACCCGCUGUACUUCUCCUAGCUAGACCUCUCCUCUUCUUGUUUAGAACAUGCCAUGCCUUUUUGAUGAUUUCGGUGCACUGGGUUACAUCCAAUGCUACCUAUUCUUGCG